AUAUUUCACUGUUAGAUCUCAAACUGAAGCUGUCCAUGAUUGAAGAACUGUUUAAGAACGUGAGUCUCGGCACGCAAGUGGAAAAAUGGAAAAACCGUUUCCUUACCGGUGAAAGAGACAGUGUGUGCUCUCGGAGGAAAAUCCAGCCCCCUCUCAGUCGUGUGAGGUCGGCCUCGAGUGGGCUCCUCCUCUCCUUCAGCCCCUCUCUUCUCAGUUUCGCCUUUAAACCCAAACUCAUUUUUGGUCAUUAUUAGGAGCCUCAUAUACGCUGUGGAAGCCGAGCUCGUAAAGCAGGCAUGCAGAGCUUUCUGCAGGAGUUUCCAUGACUUUCUGUUUCCGAGUCUGUUGAAGAAGACCAGCCCGCAUCCUCAGGAAUUUGAUCAAAACUGGGCAAAAAGAUCGAUCAGCUCGAGGCGUUGAAGGCUUAGCGAUGGAGCAGUCUCAGAGGUGGCAACACAUAGUCAUCAUAUUUGUUGCCGUUUGGUUUCCGUCACUCCUUGCUCAGACAACGACUUCUGUACACCUGAGUCCCACGCCAACACCCCAGUCCCCUGAACGUCUGAAGUUUCGCCUGGCUGGUCACCCUCGGAAACACAAUGAGGGUCGAAUAGAAGUGUUCUAUAAAGGCGAGUGGGGAACCAUCUGUGAUGAUGACUUCUCACUGGGAAAUGCCCAUGUGCUCUGUCGCCAGCUUGGGUUUGUCUCUGCCACUGGCUGGGCACAUAGUGCCAAAUAUGGCAAAGGCACAGGUAAGAUCUGGUUAGAUAACGUGCAGUGCAGUGGCAGUGAGAGAAGUAUAUCAGUGUGUAAGUCACGUGGAUGGGGCAACAGUGACUGCACUCAUGAUGAAGAUGCUGGGGUGAUCUGCAAGGACGAAAGACUGCCAGGAUUCGUGGACUCCAACAUUAUAGAGGUGCAGGUAGAUGAGAGGAAAGUGGAGGAGGUGCGUUUGCGGCCAGUGGUUGCUAUGGCCAGCAAGCGGGUACCUGUGACCGAGGGGGUGGUGGAGGUGAGGUACAAGGACGGUUGGGCUCAGGUCUGCGAUAAUGGCUGGACCCCCAAAAACUCUCGGGUCGUCUGCGGCAUGAUGGGAUUCCCCCACGAGAGGAAAGUUAACAAGAACUUUUACAAGCAUCUCAGAAAGAGAUCUCCUGAGCCAAAAGUCAAAGUUAGAGUUGCAGCAGUCAGGCAGGACCCCAAAGCUAAAGCUAUCACUAAAGCUAGCUCUAAAUCUAAACCUGGCAAGCCAGCGGCAGCCAAAAGGCUGUAUGCGGAGCGACAGAAGAAUUACUUUCUGGUUCACUCUGUGGCAUGUUUAGGCACAGAGGUGCACCUGGCUGCCUGUCCUUUGGAGUUUAAUCAGGCCAAUGCCACAGAGACAUGUCCAGGAGGGAUGCCUGCUGCGGUCAGCUGCGUGCCUGGACCGGAUUACACCCAAAACCGGGCAAUGAGGAAAAAACUCAAGACUUCGAGCACAGUGCGUCUGAAAGGUGGAGCGAGGCCGGGAGAAGGCCGUGUGGAGGUGCUGAAGGGUACAGAAUGGGGGACGGUGUGUGAUGACCGCUGGAACCUGCAGGCUGCCAGUGUGGUGUGCAGAGAGCUGGGCUAUGGCUCUGCUAAACUGGCUCUCACUGGAGCCCGCAUGGGACAAGGCAUUGGGCCGAUCCAUAUGAAUGAAGUCCAGUGCGCAGGCCAAGAGCGCUCUUUGUGGAACUGUCGCUUUAAGAACAUCACUGCUGAGGACUGCAAGCACACAGAGGACGCUGCGGUGCGCUGUAACGUCCCUUACAUGGGCUUUGAGAAAACGGUGCGUAUCACAGGGGGCCGUUCACGCUUCGAGGGCCGUGUGGAAGUGUUGCGAUCUGGGGCUAAUGGAACCCAGCACUGGGGCCUGAUCUGCGGAGAAGGCUGGGGCACCAAAGAGGCCAUGGUGGUGUGCAAACAGCUGGGUCUCGGAUACGCCAAUCACGGCCUGCAAGUGCGGCUGGUAGGCGGGCGGUCGGAGUACGAGGGGCGAGUGGAGGUUCGGGUGGGUCAGCGUUGGGGGAGUGUGUGCAGUGAGGGUUGGACCACCAAAGAGGCUAUGGUGGCCUGCAGACAGCUAGGGCUGGGUUUCAGCAUGCAUGCUAUUACUGAAACGUGGUACUGGGAUGGCAGUAACGUGACGGACAUGGUGAUGAGCGGAGUGAAGUGUACGGGAGAUGAACUGUCACUCAGCCAGUGCCAGCAGCACAAAACCGUCAGCUGCCCGAAAACAGGCGCUCGAUUCGCUGCAGGGGUCAUCUGCUCUGAGACUGCCUCUGAUCUGGUGCUGAAUGCUCCUCUGGUGCAGCAGACGGUAUAUAUAGAAGACCGGCCACUGCACAUGUUGUACUGUGCUGCAGAGGAAGACUGUCUGUCUUCAACUGCUGCCAAAGCCAACUGGCCCUACGGUCACCGCCGCCUACUCCGCUUCUCGUCUGAGAUCCACAACAUCGGCCGUGCUGAUUUCAGGCCUAAAGCUGGACGCCACUCCUGGGUCUGGCAUGCAUGCCAUGGGCACUAUCACAGUAUGGAUAUCUUCACCCACUAUGACCUGCUGUCUAUCAAUGGCACCAAGGUGGCAGAGGGCCACAAAGCCAGCUUCUGUUUGGAGGACAGCGAAUGUCAUGAGGGUGUUUCUAAGCGAUAUGAAUGUGCUAAUUUCGGAGAGCAGGGCAUCACCGUGGGAUGCUGGGAUUUGUACAGGCAUGACAUUGACUGCCAGUGGAUCGAUAUCACAGAUGUCAAACCAGGAAAUUACAUUCUACAGGUUGUGAUAAAUCCUAAUUAUGAGGUAUCUGAGAGUGACUUCACAAACAACGCCAUGAAAUGUAACUGCAAAUAUGACGGUCACAGGAUCUGGCUUCACAACUGUCACAUUGGUGAUGCGUUCAGUGAGGAGGCAGAGAGGAAGUUUGAGAAAUACCCCGGACAGCUCAACAACCAAAUCUCCUAAUCCAUUUCACCAGAUCCCACGUUUUACAUAUUAAUCCAGACAAGAUUAUAUGCAGUGUAUCGUCCAGGUCACACAUCUGCCUUCAUCCAAACACAUAAUCAAGUUACCAUAUAUGUACCUCACUCACAAGACAGGAAUCAAUAAUCUUCUGUAAAGACUGAGAGCAGAUAGGUAAAACAUGGGCAUUAGUUUUCUGGAUGAGGAAUGGUCUGAACAUCACCCGGUCCUUCUAAGUGUAUAACGCUUAGCGUGAAAAAAAGGCCUUGUUCUGUCCAGUGGCAUAGACUGAACUGUAUGUUUAUGGUGCUAUGCAUUGCCUGUCAAAAAAAGAAACUUAUUUAUAUAACUUUAAAGAUCUUUUUUGAUUUAUCACAUAGAAAAUGUGUUGCUGCAAAAGACUUUCAUUACACAGACAAAAUCAGCUAAAAUGGCAUCACAUUGCAUGACUGUUUUCCAUGCAUCAGAGCAUUACAAUGAACAUCAUUUCACCAAAUGUUUCCCACAGUGUCUAUGAUGAUGGGCAUUCUUAGAUGAGUGAAUGUUACCUUUUCUUCCUUUUACCAGGUUUUAUCAAUGUUUUCAGGGCUUUUUUAAGACUAAGCUUCAACUGCUUUUCUCCAGGUAGUGUAAAAUAAAUGUGACAUAUCACAUUUCUAAUGAAAACUAUAAAGGUUUUUUUUUAUUUAUAGUUCAAACUUUAAGAACCACAUAUGAUUAGCAACCGAACAAAAACGUUUUUAUUUUGCAAUUACUAUCAUACCAAAAUAAACUACUUUUUAAGUUAUGAA